UCUCAAGAUGGCGCUGCACUCAAUGCGGAAGGCGCGUGAGUGCUGGAACUUCCUCCGGGCACUUCAUAAAGGACCCGAAGCUGCUCCCGCUCCCCAGGCUGGGACACCAACCUGGGGACAGACAGAGAUGUCAGUUUCUCCUUCACAUUCCUGUCCUGGUGUUCUGGCUGUGACUCUAUAGUGCCAGGCAACCCCACCAUGGAUGGAGCCCUGAACGACCUUGGAAAGAUUCCAUGAAGCGAAUAUUUUCUGGCAUUCAGCCUACAGGAAUCCCCCACCUCGGCAAUUACCUGGGAGCCAUUGAGAGCUGGGUGAGAUUACAGGACGAGCAUGACUCCGUGCUGUACAGCAUCGUUGACCUACAUUCCAUCACUGUCCCCCAAGACCCAGCCGUCCUCCGGCAGAGCAUCUUGGACAUGACGGCUGCUCUUCUUGCCUGCGGCAUAAACCCAGAGAAGAGCAUCCUUUUUCAACAAUCUCAGGUGUCUGAACACACACAAUUAAGUUGGAUCCUUACCUGCAUGGUCAGACUACCCCGAUUACAACAUUUACACCAGUGGAAGGCAAAGACUGCCAAGGAGAAGCAGAAUGGAACCAUGGGCCUGCUCACCUACCCAGUACUCCAGGCAGCUGACAUUCUGCUGUACAAGUCCACACACGUUCCUGUUGGGGAGGAUCAAGUCCAGCACAUGGAGCUAGUUCAGGAUCUAGCACAGGGGUUUAACAAGAAGUACGGGGAGUUCUUCCCAGUGCCCAAGUCCAUUCUGACAUCAAUGAAGAAGGUAAAAUCCUUGCGUGAUCCGUCUGCCAAAAUGUCAAAAUCAGACCCUGAUAAACUGGCCACUGUCAGAAUAACAGACAGCCCGGAGGAGAUAGUGCAGAAGUUCCGCAAGGCUGUGACGGACUUCACCUCGGAGGUCACCUACGAGCCAGCCAGCCGAGGGGGCGUGUCCAACCUGGUGGCCAUCCACGCGGCAGUGACAGGGCUCCCUGUGGAGGAGGUGGUCUGCCGCAGUGCUGGCAUCGACACCGCUCGCUACAAGCUGGUGGUGGCAGAUGCUGUGAUUGAGAAAUUUGCUCCAAUUAAGAGUGAAAUUGAAAAACUGAAGAGGAACAAGGACCACUUAGAGAAGGUUUUACAAGUUGGGUCAGCAAAAGCCAAAGAAUUAGCAUAUCCCGUGUGGCAGGAGGUGAAGAAAUUGGUGGGGUUUCUAUAGGAAGUUUCAACGAGUCACAAGAAGUCUUUUCUAUCUUGUGGUCCACACACUCCUAUUAAGGCAGCUUUCCUCACAAGUGAACAAUUAUAGUUUGGGGACACACAGUUUGGUAUACCUGAUCAUUGGCUUCAUUUGAUGAAUAAUGAUUUGUAGCCUUCAAAUAGAGCAAUGUUCUAAAUCCCAUCAGCGGAAUUCUGUGGGGAAAAAAAAAAGAGCAAACAAAGAAGGCAUAGCUAUCUGAAUCCUCAGUUAUGUGAGGCACACUCGGCCUCAUUUAUUCACACAAAUGUGAUUGAGGUAAGUAGUAAUCUGGCAAGUGGUUGUUUCAUUUUUGUCUCUCUCUGAAGUCCUUACUGUCACAGGUGCUCACUUUAUCUAUCCCACCCCUUUUAAAAAGUAAUAUGUAGAAGUCUUAGGCUUAUAAUCCUUGGGAUGCCAUUUGAACCAAUUUGUGUUCAGAUCUCAUAAAAAUAAGCUGAUGAUUAUCAUUCAUUUGUCACUGAGAUGGUACCUGCUUUAUUGUAUUUACUCUGCUUAUUUCCCAAGAGACCACACUGACUAUUCUAGCAAGUAUUAUUUGGGUUUUUUGGUCGUUUUUUAAAUUCAGAGAUACAUGGUAUGACCUUCUGAGAAGGUUGCAUUAUUUCAGCUUGAUUUAUUUAUUUUACAAAAGCCCGAGUCCAUGCAUUAUGUUCUUAAUAAGUACUUCCUUGCAUUUGUCUCUCAGUUUAAUAUCACCAACCCACUGUGAAAUCUAUAGGAGAGGAAUUGCCAUUUUACACCUGAGGAACAUGAGGCUCAGAGAGUACAAUUAGCUUGUACAGUAUCUCUCCGUGAGCAAGAAGCAAUUCCAAGAUCAAAACCUUUACUCCUUAUUCCUAAGAAGAGUGCUUUUUUCAUCAGCACAGAAGUCAGAGAGAAGGCACAGAAGUCAGCAUGUUUGAGACUCCAAGCAUUCUUGUUUUGAAAGUGAGUCCUGGAAAUAUAAGACCUGAACUACUGAUACUAUUUAUAUCAGCAAGUCAACCAAUAGCUGCCAGCUUUAAACCUGGAUUCAGCCAACCUUGGUCACAUUUGUUACUCAGAAUCCCCAAGGCAGGUCCCAAGUUCUGUCUCCUAUGCUUAUUUCAGAGACACUUCAAAGUAUAUUCUGCCCGACUGCAAGAGUAGUUGGCCUGACAAGUCAGAUUUUCCCAGUGAGCGGGAGCUUCUCAUCUUACCUUUACCUCAGUCUAAGUAGCAGUAAGUCACUCUAAAAACUACCUUCUCUGCACAUCCCUUUCCCACACCUGAAGGCGGAAAUGAUAAUUGUGACUCAGCACACCAGGGCCUGAUUGAUUUUGUAACAGAAAUUACUUGUAAGUUUUUUGCCAAUUGUCACCAUUUAUAUGUGAGUGACGAGCAUGUUGGGCAAAGAAUUUUUACUCAUUUCCUAAGAGAAGAAAGUAGAGUGGUCCUUUUAUCAGAACAGAUGUAAAUACACCUAACACUGCAUCCCAGAAUCCAAAUUAAAAGACCCUUUUUGGAUCUUUUCUUGGAAUGGGUUAUCUAGAGAGGGCUCUAAGGAGCCUCUUUGGCAUAUUUUCUGCAAGCCUCUUUUUUUUUUGUUUGGUUGGUUUUUUCCUUUCAAAGAAACCCUAGUAUGAAUACUGGAAAAUGACUAAAUUAAAGGUGGAUCUAUCAAACUGUCCGUGUGUUUUUUUUACCCCCUUGCCACACCUUUCAUCCAAAGAACUAAAGGCACCAUGGAAAGAAUCUCAGAGGAGGAAAA